AUACUAUCUUUCGACGUAAUUAUGCAUCCUGUUUUCCCAGUAUUUAUGCAUGACACUCUUUUCAUUUAUAUUUUAUUCCUGAUGAUUUGUAGCACUCACAACGAAGCUUAGACUCUAUACUAGACUGAAGUGUGUCAGAGUGUGUACAACCAACUGUGUAAUGGAUGCUCCCAUUGAACCAUCACCUCGUUAGGGUCAAUGCUCUGCUGUAGCUGACGGACACCAUUACGUGUGGAGGGGGAUUGGUCCAGGGCUGGGGUCUAACAUCAUUGCUGUGUGUGAUCCAAGUACUGAGCUGUGGAGCCUCUUGGCCACUACUGGACCUCUACCCUAUGGAGAGUAUGGCGGUCGCUCUGUUUGUGUAAGUCGUUGCCUGUACACCUUUGGUGGUCAUGAUGGGUCUUCUUUUUUCUACAAUGACAUGGGCAAGCUUGAUUUAGACACUCUCCAGUGGACUGAAUUUCAAUCCUCUGGUAGUCAGCCUAUGAAAAAAAUUUGCUGUGGACUUGUCCGUGUGAAUGAAAAAACUCUGUGCUGCUUUGGAGGAUAUUGUAUUGAGGGCCCCACACAACCAGGAGCAACAUUCACCAGAAACACACGAUUUACUGAUGGACGUGGAUGGACAAAUGAAAUCCAAUUCUUUAAUAUAGAAAAUGGUGUAUGGUCGUCCCCUGAGCUCAGAGGAGAGAGACCUCCCUGCGCUAACUUCACCUUAACCAUGGUGGACCAGCAUAGGGCAGUCCUCUUUGGAGGGAGCCAACCUGAACGUAAUGGGGUCAAUGAUGUCUACCUUUUCAAUUUCAGGGACAUGGAGGUCACUAAGGUGAAGCCAGUAGAGGGAGAGCCAUGGCCAGUGGGGAGGAGAUAUCAUGCUGCCUGUUGUCUCAACUAUGACCAGGACCAUCCUCAACUUCUGGUGCACAGAGGAGAAAGUGUGGACGACAAAGUACUGGGGGACAUGUGGAUAUUUAACGUUGAAACUGGCAAGUGGACAGAGCUGGUAACACCUGAGUCAGUGAAACCACGUUACUUCCACUCCAUCACUGCCACCAGUCUGGGACUAGGACUCACUGAGGUCCUCGUGUUUGGAGGCCGAUUGGAAAAUCAUAGGACAGUUGAUGAAACCACCAUACUGAGAUUUGAGUUGACUGGACCCUCAGCGUCUGUUGCUGGACCCUCGGCUGAGAAGUGGGCUCUCGUGGAUGUGGCCAACAACGACACUAGAGGCUCCGCCCAGCGACUGAGUGAGAAGAGGAUCAGACAAGCAACUGCUCGUGCCUCAUCAGUCAGUGAGACCAGCGACCACUAGAGAAAGGCUUUCAUUGUGUAUAUAAUUAUAGCAACAUAAUCUUUUUAUGAUACUUUAUUUUAUAUAUACCCAUGCAGCAGGGGUCAGCUAUGCAUGUGCAUUUUAACGAUUUGGCGUUGGUUUUUGUAAGUGUAUACUUGUGUGUUUGCGUGUUUGCACUCUCCAAUUAUGAUGAUUACUCAGUCAUUUUACCUUUCACAA